CCUAUCCCCCUCCCCCCGGGAUACUGUCCCCUGUUUUCCCCCUUUACCCCACCAGCCCCGGCGCCUGCGCACUCUCAGUCACCAUGGUCUCCCGCGGGUGUCGGAUGUUCCUCCGGAGCCGGAUCGGGGCCGGGGCUGGGGCCCGCUGUUACUCGGAGAAGGCGGCCCGUGAAACAAGCUCGGUGUCACCGCAUCAGGACAUUAUCUACACUCAGGAGCACUACAGUCUGAGGGAUUCCCUCCGGAAGGUAACUGCUAAAGGCCGGGCCUCGGGCCUCAGGCCCCGGGACCUGGGGUUCAUCGCAGCCCGGCCCGGGUUUCUAGAAGUGUCAAAGAAUCGCAAAUCGCAGCACAGGAGAAGACCAUUGGUCCCACUGUGCGAGAGCUGGCUGUUUGACAACCGCGAUGUCUGCUCGCUGUUACCAGACCCGGGACCCUGUAAGGCCUUGAUCCAACGCUUUUAUUACAACAGAUAUACUCAGAAUUGUGAGGAAUUUGACUAUGGUGGCUGCAUUGGUAAUGCAAAUAACUUUGAAACGUUGAAAGAAUGCACAGGGCACUGCCAAAGACUUAAAAAAUAUGGAGGGCUUGGUUUGGAUUUCAGCUACAAUAUAGCAGUAGCAGAAGAACUGGGAAACAUACCAUGUGGUGGGAUUCCCAUGGCAAUCGGCGUCCAGAGUGAUAUGGCUACACCAGCUCUAGCCAGAUUUGGUUCAGAUGAACUGAAACGCCAGUUCCUCACACCUACCAUUGCUGGGGACAUGGUAGCCUGUUUAGGAGUCAGUGAAAUUGAAGCUGGAUCGGAUGUUGCAAAUAUCAAGACCAAAGCUGUGAAGCAUGGAGAUGACUACAUAAUAAACGGAGGGAAGAUGUGGAUAACUAAUGGUUGUCAAGCUGACUGGAUGUGUCUUCUGGCAAACACUAGUGAUGGUCCUCUUCACAAAAGCAAGUCUCUCAUAUGUCUGCCGAUGAAAUUACCAGGAAUCCAUGUGGCUAAAAAGAUUGAUAAGUUGGGCAUGAGGUCCUCAGAUACAGCACAGAUCUUUUUUGAAGAUGUUAGGGUUCCAAGAAAAUAUCUCAUCGGUGAAGAAGGAAUGGGUUUCACCUAUCAGAUGUUGCAAUUCCAGGAGGAGCGCAUGUGGGCAGUUGCAGGAAUGCUGGCUCCCAUGCAGAACAUCAUACAGGAAACAAUCGAAUAUACACGCCAACGUAAGGUCUUUGAUCAACCAGUCUUACACAACCAGACAGUACAUUUCCGCCUUGCUGAACUUGAAACUGAGAUUGAACUUGUUCGUUCGCUCCUUUAUCGUUGUGUCGCUCAGUAUGUUCAAGGAAAUGAUACAACAAAAUUAGCCUCAAUGGCAAAGUUGAAGGCAGCCCGCCUGGUUCGUGAGGUAACUGAUAGCUGUCUUCAGUUCUGGGGAGGAAUGGGUUUUACUAAUGAAGUGUUGGUCAGCAGACUGUACAGGGAUAUGAGGUUGAUGUCAAUAGGAGCUGGUGCAGAUGAAGUGAUGCUGUCCAUCAUAUGCAAGUACAUGGGGACAAUUCCUGGAAAAAAAUGAUUGAGUAAAAUAAUAGCAUACUCGUCAACAGGGACAAGAACAAAACUGUAAUCUGUUGCGUUAAUUGCUGUUGGUGUUUUCAUACUGCCUUUUAUUAAUAUAACUUUUGCCUUGGAGAAAUGUAAUUGUCAACAUAAUCUUUCACUUAUGUAAGAAUGUAGAAGUAUUUUGGAAAUUCAAUAAUCGUUAUUUUUAUUUUUUUACUUAAUGACCUAAAUAACUUCACAUUUAAAGAGCUGAAAAGAUUGUGGGAGUACUUUGUGCUGAAAGUACUCACACACAGUUUCCAAUAUUUUUCUUUCUAACCUGAUACUAAAGUUGAGAAAAAUAUUUUUGUGAGGAAAGAACAAGAUCUCCCUACAAUAGAGCAGUCUGAGGAGUUGCAGUAGUUUGUUUUCAAAAUUAUGAAAUUUAUGGAAACCAUGAAGUAAAAAAACAAUCAUUGCUUCUGAUUGGAUGUCAUCUAUUUAAAGUUGUCACAGAGAGUAAGAGGAAAUAUAAAGAAAAAUGCCAAUGUGCAGAAACUUCUUGAUGUAUAGGAUGCUUUAUUACCAUAUAGCAUAAAUAGCUAAAUAUUUGAAGCAAAUUAAAAUUUAGUACUAGGAGACAUUAGUUGUGGAUUGCUUUAAUAAGAGCCUGCAAGUGACAGUAGACUACUUGUCCUCAUAUGUUACAAAGCUAUAUGAUCUUAUGUUACCUAUCACGAAAUAUGUGGAAUUCCAUUGUCUUAUAGACUUGCAGCACUUUUGAUCUCCUUCUAUUUAAACUCUGAUAUAAGUUCAAGAGACCUUGAAUGUACCAGAAUGAUUUUAUUCACUUUACUGUCUACAAACCUUGGAGAAAGGCACACACUGCUGCUGAGUUGGACAGCUUUAGGCCAGGCCAAAAUUCUGACUGCAGUGGAAGUGAAUAAAAUAAUUCUGAAAUGAAUAUAAUGUGAAGUAGCUGAACAGCAAUGGAAUUGUGGAUCUGUUUGACACUAGAAAAUGGUGCAGAUUUCAUGACAAGUGUAAAGAUAACGAGUUAAGGCACAGUGGUGGAGAAAAUCCUUUACCAGAAAAUGCUUACCUCACACAUUAAAAUAACAUAAACCGAUUUUCAUACACGACAGAUUUUUUGAAACCCACUGUUCAGAAGUAAAAUUGAUUCCAUGACUCAAAUUUUGUUACCACAUUUCCUUCAAGAUCUUUCGUGAAACUAAAUUCCAGCAGCUAGGCAAGAUAAUAAAAAAUAAACUGAUAAAAAGAAAUUUUGAGUGCAGUGGGAGCAAAAAGCUUGAAGUAUCUGUAGAUUGUACUUUUGGCUUACUUUCCAAAAUUGACAAGUUUUCUAUUGAUAGCUCAGAUUAUUACUCAAAUGUCUUGCAGCAAGCUAAUCUAAUGGAUUUUAUGUCUGAUUUUGAUGUGUCAUUACACAUUCUACUUUUAUGUAAUGUAGCUUACUGUGCCAUCAAUCGUGCAUCAAAUUAUAUUUGUGUAAAUAAAUUUGUAUAUGUAAUGGAUCAACUCUGAUAUGCUCAUGAGCAAAAAUUGUAAAAGCAGUGGUGGAUGGAACCUCUACCAUGCAACCAUAAAAUGUUAAAUAUAUGCACAAUAAAAUCUUGUUUACAUUACCCCUCAUUCUGCUCUUCUCUGGUGUAGGCAGCAAUAAAUAAAUCUCAAUCAUUGAUCUAA